UCAGUGGCUACACGUGUGUCGGAUAUUUUCGUUUAUUUUGAAAAUUUUAGUGUGGUUUUCUACAGGAAUCUUAUUCUAAGCUUAUUUAUUAAUAAAACUAAGGUGGUGGUAUAUUAACUUUCGUGUAUUUUUGGUAAGUAAAGUAAAUUAACAUGGAUGUCAUACCUCCCGACCCGCCUGAUCCCCCAGACCAGGCCGCCCCAAUGGAAUUAUCCCAGCCAUUAUUUUCACAAUCGGCUACCAAACGCCGUCUUGACACGACAGGCGAUUCCGAGCCAGCUAAAAGAACCAACACCGAUGGUUCCUUACCUCAAAUCAAUCAACAGGUGUACACUCACCCCUCGCUAGUCAUUGCCCCCAAAACAUAUAGUGACCAAGACAAAGGCCCGUUCCUAGUUCACGUGUCUCAUAUGGAAACUGAUCCCUCUUCCCCCGUAUUCAUCCAACCAAUGAGAUUUGGUAAGUUUCUGGUUACCAACAGAAUCCAGGGUAUAGUUUUGGACGGAGUUAAAAAAAUCGGAAGAAACAGAAUUUCAGUCGAAUUUGUUUCACCCAGCGCAGCUAAUAAUUUCCUGAAUAACGAAAUUCUUCCAUUGUACAAAUACGUUGCCUCGAUACCGACUUAUAACGUGACCCGCAUGGGUCUCAUCAGGAACAUCCCCACUGACUGGACCAUGGAGGAGCUCGCAGAAACUUUGACAACACCAGACGGUUGCGGCAUUCUUUUGAAGGCCCGCCGCCUCAACAGGAAGCAGGUUAGAGACGGUCAGUCAUCCUGGGUCCCCACACAAACUGUUGUGGUGACUUUCAAGGGUCAAGUUCUUCCUCAAAGAAUCUUCUGUUGCCACAAUUCGAUUCCAGUUGAGACGUACCAGCUUCCAACAAUUCAAUGCCUCAACUGUUGCCGAUUUGGCCAUGUUAAGGCACAAUGUAGGUCGAAACCCAGAUGCUAUCGGUGCACCCAACCCCACCCAGCAGAAGAAUGCGACGUCUCGGAAGGUAAAGCAACUUGUGUCAAUUGCUUAGGCCCACAUUUUGCGGUCAACAAGUCCUGUCCAGAGCAUUCCCGCCAAAAGGCAAUUAAAAUAACUAUGUCUCAGGACAAUAUCUCUUACUCUGAGGCCUCCUCCCAAUUCCAACCAGUCCGCAAGUCCUACGCAGAUGCCACUAAAUCUCCGUCCUCACAAAGCAUCAGCCCCACUUUCCAACUAUCCCAGCCCCUCUCUCCAUCCUCAAGCCAAACCAUCUCUUACAGAAAGUCCAUCCCUCGCACUCCCCGCUCUCACGCGCCGUUAGAUAAGGGUUAUGACAAGCAGGCACACCAAGCCAUUAUUGGCAAUUGUGCUUCUUCCCUUCCUAAUGGUUGCGCUCUGAAUAGUGGAUCUUCCCCUUCCUCUUCCCCUGGUGAUGAGGGCCUCCUGGAGAUGGUCCUCUCCCUCAUCAUCAGUAUUAUUUCCAGUCGUAAAAUCGCCCUACCGUCCAACGUUGCACAAAUGCUUUCCCAAAUCUCACAAAUAACCGAUAUUAAUAAUGGACAAAAAGGUAGUUCAAUGGAACUGCCAAAGCAUUAGACGCAAAAAGCAUGAAUUAACCUUUUUAAUAAACAAAUACUCCCCAUCUGUUCUAGCCGUCUCGGAGACAUGGCUCGUACCUGGAUCACACUUCCGUGUGUCUGGCUACGCAUGCCUCCGGGAUGAUAGAAGUGAUGGUUACGCGGGAAGUGCCUUACUUGUAAGGCGCUUUCUCCGCUAUAGUCAACUUCCCCUCCCCUCGCAUAGUCAGGACAUUAAUGUCGUGGCCGUGCGAGUUUUUGACAUAUCCUUCCUAUCUGUUUAUAUCCCCCGUCCUAACUCUUCCUCCAUUAAUGAAUUACGCUCUGCCAUUUUAUCCCUUCCUCCUCCAGUCCUCAUUAUGGGCGACCUUAAUGCUCACCAUGUCUCAUGGGGCUCUUAUCACUCCGACUCUUCUGGAUCAUUACUCUUGGACCUUUUGGAUGAGUUAGAUCUAUGUAUUUUGAACAAUGGCUGUCCAACCAGAAGGUGUGCUCCUACUCAAAAUCCUGCUUCUGCCGUUGAUGUUUCUCUUUGCUCUCCAAAUUUAUCCUCGCUUCUCUCGUGGAGCGUCCUUAAUAGCACGUUCGGGAGCGAUCACUAUCCUAUUUUAAUUUCGUUACUUGAUAAUAAUACUCCAACUAACCGCCUCCCCCCUCUUCUAAAAUUCAAAUUAAAUAAAGCUGACUGGCUAAAUUUUUAUGGGUCAGUUAAUGAAAAAUUAAAAGAUCUUCCCAACGUUUCUAAUGAAAAUGCCCUUUCUAUCUACCCUGACUUUGUUAACAUCCUACAAUCAUCAGCAGAAGAACACAUCCCUUUAAAAAACCCUUCCUAUAAGAUAUCACCCCCUUGGUGGGACGCUGAGUGUACUGCCAUUGUCAAAAAACGAAAAGAAGCUGAAAAAAGGUACAACCGGUCAAUGACCAUGGAGAACUACAUUUGUUAUCAAAAAACGGCUGCCCAAACCAGGAAAUUCUUAGCCAAAAAGAAGAGAAAAGGGUGGAUUGGGUUCUGUGAGAGCAUGUCCCCAAGGACCCCUUCCUCUAUAGUAUGGAAGCAAAUUAAACGUUACCGUACGUCUUUAAUCCCAUUAAAUUCUCCAUCAAACGAUCCUUCUACUUGGCUUAAUGAUUUCGCUGAUAAAUUGGCUCCUCCCUUUGUCCCAUUUAUAGAUAGUUUCCCAUCCCCCAGUAAUUUCCUUCCCCAUGUCAAUUAUUUAGAUAGGCCCUUUUCCUUUGAAGAGCUUUUGUCAGCCUUGGACGGUUUAAAGGAUUCAUCGCCAGGGAUUGAUGGUGUCCCUUACUCCUUUAUAAUUAAA